AAUGGAAAAAGAAAAAGGAGGAAAAAAAACCGUUUUUUGGUCCGUCUUCAUCAUUGGAGUUAUAAAAGGGAUAAAAUAGUUUAGUCAUGAUGGAGAGAAUGAUUUAGCAAGCAAGUUCCUACCCACUCCAUUACCUGCAUUGACUUUUGGACUUAAAUUGCUAGGGUUUCAAGCCCCCACUUGGUGAUUUUUCUCAUUGUAAUCGUCUCAAUUCUCAAGUUAUUGGGAUGCUGUGUCCAAGAUUAUAUGGAUUUGGCCUGGCUUUUUCGUUUUGCUGUUUCAUUCUCACAGCAGCAGCACAAAAGACAAAUCCUUCGGAAGUGAAUGCACUCGUCCAAAUCAAGAAAAGUUUGAUUGAUCCCAAGAACCAUCUGAGGAACUGGAACAAGGGCGACCCAUGUAGAUCAAACUGGACUGGUGUUUGGUGUUUUGAUAAAGCUGGGACUGAUGGAUACUCCCAUGUCCAUGAGCUUUACUUAAUGACUUUGAAUCUCUCGGGAAGUCUAGCACAUCAGCUGGGUCAGCUAUCUCGGCUUCAGAUACUGAAUUUCAUGUGGAAUGAUCUGACAGGCACGAUACCGAAGGAGAUAGGAAAUAUCAAAUCAUUGAAACUCUUACUCCUGAAUGGCAAUAAGCUAUCGGGUGCUUUGCCAGAUGAACUUGGCAAUCUCUUAAACUUGAAUAGGUUCCAAGUUGACCAGAACCAAUUGUCAGGUCCAAUACCACCAUCGUUUGGCAACAUGGUCAAUGUUAAACAUCUCCACUUGAACAACAACUCAUUCACUGGUCAAAUUCCACGUGAACUUUCAAAGCUAAACAAUCUACUGCAUUUGCUUGUGGACAAUAACAACUUCUCUGGCCAUCUUCCACCAGAAUUUUCCAUGUUGCCAGCAUUGCGCAUACUCCAAGUGGAUAACAAUAAUUUCAGUGGAACAGAAAUUCCUUCAACCUAUGCAAACUUUUCCAAGCUAGUAAAACUAAGUCUUAGAAACUGCAGCUUGCAAGGAGCUGUUCCUGAUCUGAGUUCGAUAAAGGAGCUUACAUAUUUGGAUCUUAGCUGGAAUCAUCUUAGUGGACCCAUACCAGCAAAGAAACUUGCAGAUAACAUGACAACUAUUGACCUAUCAAAUAACAGGAUCAACGGAUCUAUUGCUGAAAGCUUCAAAUUACUCCCUUUGCUUCAAAAAUUGUCACUAGCGAACAAUUCUUUGUCCGGAUCCAUCCCUGCUAGUAUAUGGCUGAAUAUGUCCUUCAGUAGGACUGCUAAGCUCACAAUUGACCUCCGCAAUAAUUCAUUUUCAGACAUUUUAGGCAGUUCAAGUCUACCAGCAAAUGUCACCUUGAGGCUUGCUGGCAAUCCUAUCUGCAAGAAUUCUAACAUUCAAAAUAUUGGUCAAUAUUGUGCCUCUGAUGGGGUUGAAUCUGACGAACCUAUGAAUUCAACAACUUCCUGCCCUGCUCAAGCUUGUCCAACGGAUGAUUUCUAUGAAUAUGUCCCAGCUUCUCCUGAUCCCUGCUAUUGUGCAGCACCUCUGAGAAUUGGAUAUCGUCUGAAAAGCCCAAGUUUCUCUUACUUCCCUCCUUAUAGAACUUAUUUUGAGUCGUAUCUGACUCAGUCCUUAGAUAUGAACCUAUACCAAGUGUGGAUAGAUUCAAUUGCUUGGGAAGCAGGACCUCGUCUUAGGAUGUAUUUGAAACUUUAUCCUAAUUACAAUGAUUCCCACUCUAAUAAGUUCAAUACAAGUGAGGUCCGGCGUCUUCAAGCAAAAUUUGGAUCAUGGAAUUUUCCUCGCACUGAUCUUUUUGGACCAUAUGAACUCCUGAAUUUCACUCUUCUUGGACCUUAUGAACAUCUAAUUGCUGAGACAAGUAAGAGGAAGAUCAGUACAACUGUGUUAGUAGUUGCCAUAAUUGCAGCUAUUGCUUGUGCUACCACAGUCUCUGCAAUUGUCACUCUCGUCAUAGCCAAAAGACAUAUCAAAUACCGGUCCAAACUAUCCAGGAACCAUAUGUCCUCUAAUAUUUCCAUCAAAAUUGAUGGCGUGAAAGCAUUCACUUUCAAGGAACUGGCUCAUGCAACUGACAAUUUCAGCAGUUCAGCUAUAGUUGGCCAAGGAGGUUAUGGGAAGGUUUAUAAAGGCAUUCUGUCAGAUAAAACAGUUGUGGCCAUAAAGCGAGUAGACGAAGGUUCUUUACAAGGCCAAAAAGAAUUUUUGACUGAGAUUGAACUUCUGUCAAGGUUACAUCAUCGAAAUCUAGUCUCAUUGGUCGGAUACUGCAAUGAAGAAGGAGAGCAGAUUCUGGUUUACGAAUUCAUGCCUAAUGGUACCUUGCGGGAGUGGAUUUCUGGCAAAAGGAAGGGAAACCUGAACUUUGGUAUGAGGUUGAGGGUUGCAAUGGGUGCCUCCAAAGGCAUACUGUAUCUCCACACUGAGGCUAACCCUCCUAUAUUCCACCGAGAUAUAAAAGCUAGCAACAUACUUCUGGACCGCACGCUGGUUGCUAAAGUGGCUGACUUUGGACUCUCACGUCUUGCACCAAAUAUGGAUGACGAAGGAAACACGCCUAAAUAUGUGUCAACAGUUGUGAGAGGAACACCUGGAUACCUAGAUCCUGAGUACUUUUUGACUCAUAAGUUAACGGACAAAAGUGAUGUUUAUAGCUUGGGAAUUGUGUUUCUGGAGCUUCUGACAAGCAUGCAACCAAUAUCUCAUGGGAAAAACAUUGUUCGUGAGGUUAGUGAAGCUCGUCAGUGUGGCACAAUAUCGUCCAUUAUAGAUAGCAAAAUUGGUUCCUAUCCAUUAGAUUGUGCGGAGAAGUUUCUGAAUCUUGCCCUCAGUUGUUGCCAUGAGGAUCCAGAGGAGAGACCAUCCAUGGCAGAUGUGGUGAGGGAGCUUGAGAUUAUGCUUUCAAUGUUGCCAGAUUCUGAAACUGCUUUCCCAGACAGUGCUUCUGAUUUUCCUAUUAAAAUGGCUUCAUCAUCAUCAACAUCAUCGACAUCCUACAUGGCAAGGGAUGGCCAAAACAUAACCUCUCCCAUGUUGUCAGGAAGCAACCUUGUCAGUGAUGUUAUUCCCACCAUUGCUCCUCGUUAGACAUAUGAUUUUGUAGGAGAUCAAAGUUGGAACUAGAUCCUCUCACUGCAACAAUUCUGCUAUCCUCUCCUGUUCAAUAUUUGGCUCAUGCACUUAAAUCUAAUGGUUGAGAGAACUCAAUCCAAUAACUAUGAGUGCAUUGUCAAUAAGAACAACAUAACCAAUGGACCAAAUUUCAGACAGGAGAAGACGGUGAACGUACAUGGUGUCUUGUGAUUUUCUGCAUAAACAAAUGGGAAAAGGUUCUUAGUCGCGGAAAAGCUGAGGUUGGGGUUGUGGUAUAGUGGAUGAGGCAAGAUGUAUUAUAGAAGAUGUAGAUAGGAAAUUAUGUGAUCUUAAGGUAAGUUUGUAGGUAGAAAUUCUAACUGUGGCAGUUAACAGAUCCAGAAUUUUGAUGUAAUUUUACAUGUAUCAAAUAGAAAGCAUGGAAUCACAUGAUUUGAGGGGGUGUUUGGAUGGAGAC